AUGGCACACCAAAUAUUUAUCUACAUGAAGCUUGAGUAUGAAAUGUUCAUGAGCUCGAUAUCGGAGAUGAAUGAUCAAAUCGGGAUAGAAAGUGGUGUUGCGCAAGCAAUCUUCAGUGCUGUGAAAGCUGGGAACGUUAACUUGGUUGAUUUUAUUUUUGGGAAGAUUGCGAAGGAAAAACGAGAGCUUUUGUACCGGGUCCGAGAUGGCAAAAGAAGAAACAUACUUAUGUCUGCUGUCCAACAUCGACAAGCUGAAAUCUUUGGAAUGAUAUGCCGUUUAAAAGAGGCGACAGCUACAUUACUACCAACUCGAGAUAAUCACGGCAAUAACAUAUUACAUGUAGCAGGGACGUUAACAGAAUUCUCUCCACUACUUGAAGGUGCAGCUUUGAAGAUGCAAACAGAAGUACAAUGGUUUAAGGAGGUGGAGAGCUUAUGCAACCCCAUGUUUAGUAACGAAAGAAACUAUGCCGGUUUGAGUCCUGAACAAGUGUUCAUGCAUACCCACAAAGAGUUGAUGAAAGAGGGAGAGCAAUGGAUGAAGGAGACGGCAAGUUCUUGUACAGUGAUAGGCGCUCUCAUUAUGACUAUUAUGUUCGCUGCAGCAUUUACGAUUCCAGGUGGUAAUAAUCAAGAUACAGGAUUUCCAAUUUUCUUAAAUAGAAAAUUGUUUAAGAUCUUUAUAAUAACUGAUUCUGUAUCACUCUUUUCAUCAUCGAUUUCAGUAUUGAUGUUUUUAGGAAUCCUCACAUCACGUACUUAUGAAGCAAAAGAUUUUCUAAAAUCAUUGCCGGAGAAAAUGAUAAUAGGUCUUUCCACCCUCCUCUUAUCUAUUGGAACAAUGAUGAUAGCCUUUACUUGUGCUAUAUUGAUUAUGUUACGUGAAGAAUUAUGGAUUGUCUUACCUCUUGUUGGUUUAGCUAUUGUUCCUGUUUCCUUGUAUGUCUUCAUGCUGUACGGCGUUCUUCGUGACAUGAUUGUUUCAACUUACGGAUUGGGAACCAUUUCUUGA